CUCAAACCAUUCCUGAACCAUUUUUGCUUUGUGGCAGGGCGCAUUAUCCUGCUGAAAGAGGCCAAUGCCCCCAGGGAAUAGUGUUGCUCUGAAAGGGUGCACAUGGUCGGCAACAACGCUCAGGAGGGUGGUACGUGUCAAAGUAACACCCACGUGAACGGCAGGACCCAAGGUUUCCCAGCAGAACAUUGCCCAAAGCAUCACACUGCCUCCGCCGCCUUGCCUUCCCAUAAGUGCCCCCAGGUCCCUUGUGAUCUCCAGGGAAGUGAUGCACACACACCCGGCCGUCCACGUGGUGUAAAAGGAAACGUGAUUCAUCAGACCAGGCCGCCCACUGCACUGUGCUGCAGUUCUGAAGCUCACGUGUGCCCACUGUAGGCGCUUUCGGCCGUGCUCACAGGGCUCAGCGUGGGCACCCCCACUGGUCUGCGGCUACGCCGCCCGGUUCGCAACAAACUGCGGUGCACUGUGUGUUCUGACACCUUUCUAUCAGUACCAGCAUUAACCUUUUCAGCAAUUUGAGCUACAGCCUGUCGGAUCGGACCACACGGGUCAGCCUUCACUUCCCGCGGGCCUCAAUGAGCCUCGGCCGUCCAAGGCCGUCUUUGUUCACCGUGCUUAGCGCGGUCGAAAAGAGACUCCCUUUUUGCCCCACAAGUCAUUCUAUAUCCACCCGAGGGCAGCAAAUCUCAUUUCUCUGUUUUCCUAUGUAUUACCGCUUAGUCUUAACCAAAGUCCAAUUGCAACUUCUUUAUCCACACCGACACUCACAGUUGAACAGAAAAAAACUGUCUGAGAAAAAAGGGAACAGAUCAAAUGAGCGUCUGCGAUCAGUGGAAAAAGCUCAGCGAAAGGGCGGUGGGGGAUUCUCCACUAGCGCUUCUGAAUCGGAGGGAAGCGAGAAACAGGUAGAAGUUGUGGUUUCACUCUGAAGACCGCAUGAAAUCCCUUUUCGUCAUCAGUUAUUUUUCUGUACAGGAGCUGACAUUUCAUAGAAGAGAGGCAACCUUUAUCUGAGUACAGACGGAGAGCGUGAUUGGCUUGACUCAUCAGACAAGUUGAGUCUGACGAGAGACCAUGUGGUAAUUCAACACUUAACACUCAACUGGAGGGCUUUGAGACAAGACAACGAAGGUGGUAGUCACACCGGCCAAAACCUAGGUUUCCAACGAGGGCAUCUAGAAGGUUGACAAUGUACAGGGUUCUAGAAUGAGAUCAAGGUCACUGUAAUGGAGAUUCUGCCCCGCCUCCUCUUGCCAGUGCUAUCACUGCAAGCCCUGCUCCUCCCCCUGCGAACCUGCUCCAGCGCAACGCAACCAUGGCUGCAGUGUGUCAAUGAUUUUAUCUGUAAUGUCACCUGUGUGCUGAACAUCACGGGGCUUCCUCCGGACGUGCCAUGCACCCUACAUGGGACGUAUGACAACAGAUUAAGUCAAUGUGAGAUGCAAUCUUUGGGGGGCUCCAACACAUUGUUGAGAGGUGGCAACCUUGUCAUCACGGACGACUACAACUACACGUAUUCGACCCUCUGGCCACAUAUUGAAAUGCACAUUCAUGUGUCUUGUGGAACCUCAGAAAAUAUGAUUCAGAUUAAUAGCACAUAUAUUCCUUAUUACCACAUUAAAAUGCAUCCCCCUGGCAAGCCCACCAUCACCAACACUUCCAUCGACUGGACACCUGGUGCUCCCAUUUCUUGUUUAAUCUUAAACUAUGACUUUCAACUACAGUGGAAACAAGAAACACAGGACUGGAUGGAUGCUGAGGAGGUGCUCAUUCAGAAAAAGACGACCCAUUUUGACCUGGACCCUGAAAAGUUGGAGAGAGGGAAGAGGUACCAGGCCAGGGUAAGGGUCAUGGCCCAAACCGACCCUGAAGCUCAGUCUCAGUGGAGCGACUGGAGCCCCAGUGCAUUGUGGGUGUCUGCCGUAGGAGAAGCAAAGGCCGAAGGUGGCCUCGACAUAAUGGACCAGGACUCCAUCGUGUUCACAGUGGUCGGGUCGGUGGUCGUGCUGUUUCUAAUGAUCUGCUUGUGCUUCUGCCAAGGAAAACUCGGUAACUCGUUCAAGAGGAUUGUGACUGCUCCUAUACCAGAUCCCUCCAAGUUCUUCAGCGGACUCGACCAUGACUUCAAUGGAGAUUUCAGGGCUUGGCUGGGUCCUGGAUCUCUUUCUGCUGCCCAUGAAGACACCCAGAUAGAGAUUCACGAGAAGCUCGACUCAAUCGCCCCCCUGAGGAGAGAGACAGGUACUGCGCCACUGCUGGAUGAGAGGUGGGCUGGCACUUGCGCCCAGUCAUCCAGCGCCAGCUACUCCAACUGCAGUUACUUCCUGUCUCGAUGCUCCCGGCCUGGAUCUCUCACCGCCACCAACCUGGAUCCCUGCUCGGAACACUCUCCUUAUGGACCAGCAGGUGGCGCCAGUGUCCAAGUGGAAGAUGGCAAGCAGAAGGACAGAGGAGAGGACAGGGGGACUAAAGGAGGGAUGGGGGACGGUGUGGAGGGCGGAGGGAUGGUGUGUGGGGAGAAGGAUGGAGGAGGAUGUUUACUUAGUGGAGGUGAAGAUAUUCUCCUGGUGUCUCCUUAUGAGCGUGUUGAAAAGCUCCAGGCCCAGCGCCUGACCCUGAAGAGCCCAGAUUCAGGCAUCGGCAGUGGGGGAGAAGAGCCGGAAAGCCAGGAGAGCGUGGAGGAUUCGGACGAGACUAUUGCGACUGUCCCCCAUUUUGUCUCCGGCCUUGUUCCUCCGAUCCACGGCGAUGUGUUCCCCAAGCUGCCCUUCACAUUCCCCGGACUGGACUGUUUGGGGGUAACGGGUGGGGAAGUCGGGGCUGGAUGUUCCCUCACGAUGUUUUCCUCCUAUGAACGUGUGGAGAUCCUCCAGGACCAGGCCCAGCGCCAGGCACUCAUGAGCCCAGAUUCAGACGUCUGCCGUGGGGGAAAGGAUCUGGAAAAACAGGGGAGUGUGGAGGAUGCGGACCGGCCCACUAUGACCACUUUCAACCACGCUCCUCUAGGUGACGAUCACUUUCCCUUCUGCUCCACCCCCUUACCCAUCCCGCUGAAUGGUUUGCCCCAGCUACCUUUCACCUUUCCUGGGUUAGCUCCAUCUCUAGGUCUUGGUACCAGUAGUGGCAUUCCAGGGAGCUUGUUGGAGAAGGCUCUCAUGUCUUCGUCAACAGAAAUAGAGCCCUCUAGCAGUGGCUAUAUGCCAGCGAGAUGCUCAGAGGUCAGCUGA